AUGCGUCAUACAGGGGUGAAUAUUGCAACUGCUAUUAAUAAUAUUCUUGUAGAAUUUAACCUUAUGGAUAAGACAUUGGCUCUUACUACUGAUAACACAUCAGCAAUGUUGGUUUGUGGAAGAACCUUAGCAAAUAAUCUAAAUAAAGAAUUAGAUAGUCAGGCCUUUCAUCAUUAUUGGUGCACUGCUCAUGUUCUGAAUCUAGCUGCACAUCAUGGACUCGAGAUUAUUGAUCAGGAAAUUGGUAAUAUUCGGUCAUUAAUGUCAAAACUCAAAAAUUCACCAGAGUUGGAUAUUGCAACAAGAUGGAAUAGUACUUACUAUAUGUUAAAAAAAAUGAUCCGAAUGCAAGGUGUUUUACGAAUGUUGGCUAUCAACCAUGAUGAUAUUCAAAAUUUAAUGCCAAAAGCAGAAACAUUGAGCAAAAUUGAGGAUUAUAUAAAAAAUAAUAAAUUUAAUCAAUAUAUGUUGGCAGCAUCUAUUAGUGAAAAAAUUAAAGAAUAUGAAACUAUAAUUGAUGAUGCAACAACUGUUGCAACAAUUCUUGAUCCAGGAACCAAACUUUCAUUAUUUGAGAUAGGAUAUCGAACUACUAAAGCAAUUGAUCAAAUUAGAGAAAUAUUUGAUAAAUAUUCUACAUCUGAUAAAUUAACACAUGUUUCUUCUAAUAUAGUAAAAGAUGAUACUAUUACAACGUGCGAUUACUUUUGCGAGCUUAAAUGA